AGACCGUGCGUGCGUGCGUCGCGUCCGGCCGUUGUUUUGUGCCGUUUAUCGAUAGCCGCAUGUGGUGCGAAUUAUCCGCGCAUAUUUAAGUACCUAGUUGUGUAUUGUUAUUUCGCGCUCGCGCGAUUAUCGUGUUUUCGACGCCGUUGCCGUCGUGUUCGACGUUGCAUCGACUACCGUCGCCGACGUUCGCGCCCAGUGUUAUUUCGUCUCGACUCAUUAGUCGAGUUGUCGUUGAUCUCCGACGGGCCAUAAUUCGCGUCGCGAUCAGCAACGCGUAUAUCGUCCACCGUCGAUAUUAUUAUUGCGUGUGUUCCGCGUUCGACGACGUUUUCAGUGCCGGUAUUACGUCCUUUGCGCCUUACGUAAUCCGGCCGCUUGCCAUCGUCCGGUGUCGCAGUCGCCGCCGCCAACAGCCGCCGCUCCCCGUUCGCCUGCGUGUCGUCACAUAGCCGCAUCAGCUGUUGCAGCCGCAGCCGCCGCCGCCGCCGAUACCCCGCCCCGCCGCGGCGUAUGUGCCGAUCAUCUUCAAAUCCUGGGCUUGAUAUCCAAUUCACAAUGCAAAGUAUAAAGCAAAUAUCAGAAUCCAGAAUAUGUGAUCUAGCGAAAUACGAAUAUGAAAAAUUGUAUUAUUCAGAGGUAUAUGAAGUACUUCAAUCAUUACGCAAUGAUGAGGUUUUUUGUGAUAUUAAACUUGAAACAGACGAUAACAAAAUAAUAUUCGCACAUAAAGUGGUUUUAGCAUCGGCUAGUCCAUAUUUCCAUGCAAUGUUCACAAAUUUUGCAGAAAGCAACCAUGAUCUUGUUGUUAUGAAACAGUUUGAUUCUACCGCUUUACAACUGUUAGUAGACUUUAUUUAUUCUGGGAAAAUCUUGAUUACUGAAGACAACGUCCUGGUUUUGUUACCAGCUGCAAAUCUAUUGCAGUUAGAAGAAGUAAAAGAUGUAUGCUGCAAUUUUUUACAGACACAACUUUGUCCUACUAACUGUAUUGGUAUAUAUGCUAUAGCUGAUUUACAUAGCUGUACGGAAUUGUUAACAAGUUCAGAAUUAUAUAUUCAACAUCACUUUUCAGAAGUUUUUGGUGGUGACGAAUUCCUAUCCUUAUCAUCCGAACAAGUUGUAAAGUUGAUCUCCAGUGAUAAACUUAUAGUUCCAUCUGAAGAAAAAGUAUUUGAAAGUGUUAUUCGUUGGGUAAACCAUGAAUCGGGUUCAAGAAAAUGUAUUUUACCCCAGUUAAUGGAACACAUACGUUUACCAUUAACAUCAAAAAAUUACAUACGAAAAAAAGUACUUGAGGAACCUCUUAUUAAGAAUUGUUUUAAAUGUAAAGAUUACAUAAUUGAGGCAUUAAAUUUUCAUAAUAAUAUACUCAAGUCAGAAGAGUUUAUUUCACAAAACAUUCGGAAUAAACCCAGAUAUGGAGAUAAAGUUAUAUUAGCUGUUGGUGGAAUGACGACUGAAUUAAGUAAGCGUACAGAAUGGUACGAUCCAAAAAUUAACCGAUGGAAUUAUGGACUAGAAAUGAUUACAAGCCGUGGAAGACCCGGUCUAGCCGUAAUGAAUGAUAAUUUAGUGUUUGUUGUGGGUGGUUUUGAUGAUGAUGUUGAAUCUCUUCAGUCUGUUGAUGUACUAGAUUUAUCUUCAGAAUCACCUUGUUGGAAACCAAGUGUUGGCAUGUUAGUUAAACGAGAUAUUUUAAAAGUUGGUGUUAUCGAUAAUUACCUAUAUGCCGUCGGUGGACAUAAUGAUAGUGAUGGUACAUUAGAUACUGCAGAAGUUUUCGAUUACAAUACUCAAGAAUGGCGUAUGAUAUCUAGUAUGUCUACUUUAAGAUUUGACUUUGGGGCCGGAGUCCUGAAUAAUCUUUUAUACGUGGUAGGAGGACUUGGUGAUUCAUCACAGGCCUUAGACACUGUUGAAUGUUAUGAUCCCAGCCUUGAUACAUGGACACCAAUCACAAAAAUGUGUGUACAUCGCAGAGGUGCCGGUGUAGGAACUUUAGACGGUGUACUGUAUGCUGUAGGUGGCCAUGAUGGAUUUAACUACCUGAGUAGUGUUGAAACAUACAAACCAAGUACAGGAGUUUGGACUUCUAUUGGAGAGAUGAAUUUGCCUCGACGACAUGCAGGAGUAGUUACAUUAGACGGUUUAUUGUACGUCGUCGGUGGAGAUGACGAAAAUUCUAAUUUGGAUGCUGUAGAAUGUUACAACCCAAAAACUAAUACCUGGACCAUGGUCACUGCGUCAAUGAAUGAUAAACGGAUUUCAGUAGGAGUAGUAGUCAUUAAUAGGACACAACAUUUUAAAACUUGUUAGCAUUUAUGAUUUUUUUUUUUGAUACAAUAUAUAAAUGUUUUCUUCUUUUAUAUUAUAGCAUCUCAAUUGAUUUUCCAUUUAUUUUAUAGUUAUUGAAUGUUUCAUUAAAAGGUUUUCGUAUUGUAUUCGUCAUUAUAACGAAAAUGGUAAAAUAAUGAUUUGUACUUAUCUAGUUCAAAAUGUAUAGUAUGUUUAAUUUAUAUUUUGAUUAUCCAUUGCUAAGUAUUGAACAUUUAAACUAAGGUUUAGCAUAUUAAGUAGUUAAUACUGUAACAAAAAAUAUAGAUAAUCAAAUAUAUACCUGAACACAA